CAGCCCGUCCUGCUCCCGCGCCUCCCCCCCCCCGCCCCGCCCCGCCGGGGCCUGCCCGGGACGAGCGCGGAGCAGGGCCGGGCCGGGCUGCUUCGGGACAGACCCCAGCGGAGCGCCGGGCCUGGCCGUGGGGCCUCUCCAUCCCGUCCCGUGCGCCCCCCCCCCCUGCUGCCCCGGCCCGGUUCUGCCCGGACAGACCGCCUCCCCAUCCCGGGCAGCAGGACUGGCCCUGCCCGCAGGAAGGAGGCGGCUGGGACGGGACGGGGCGGGACGGGGCGGGAGGUACCGGGUCCGCGUCCGCCGCAGCCGCUCGUCCCGGCCGGGGCCGCCCCGGGCUGUGGGGGGGCUCGGGCACCGCGCGGGGACGGGGGCACCUCGGAGGGAGCCCGCCCGAGCGGACAAAGAAGCGAGCAGGGCUGGGCCGGGGACCAGGGCAGGGGCGCCUGGACGUUUCUCGGCCAAAAAAUUGAGCAGCCCCCAUGAGGCUGCAGUUGGGUCCUUAGUCCCAGGUCCUUAUUCCUUAUUCCCGGUUCCCUUUGCAAAGCUAAUCUUCACCCAGUAAAAACUUGUUAUUAAUGAAUUACACAUCCUAAAGAGACAGCAUUUCAUUAGCUAGCAUCUGUACUAAUUAAUAUGUAAAAUGAUAUUUCACAUCAAGUACAGAGCCCUAAACGAAGGUCAGAUUAGGAUGCAAUUAUGGGACAAAAUACUUCUUGGGCCACCCCAAAUCUCGUGGCAAUGCCACUGGGGGACUGUCCCAAACAACCAUGACCACAGUCCCGCCCGGCCCCAAGCGCGGUCUGGCCGUGCCAGGCUGCCAGCUAACAGCCCCCAUGCCCACUCUACUAAGUAUAAUGUCUUGAAUAAGGAACUGACUUUCGGGCUGGGAUUAUGGCUAGAAAUUCUGCUUGGGCCGCCAUCACAAUAUCUCUGCACGACCGGGGGACUGUCCUGGACAUCUGUGACCAGAGACUUGCAUGGCCCAAGCUGUGGUUUGGACGUGCCAGGCUGCCAGCAGACAGCACCCCCCAGACACUGUGCUAAAUGCAUGGACCCAAAUAAAGAACGGGAUUAUGGGCUGGGAUUAUACCCAGAAAUCCUUCUUGGGCCACCCCAUGGCAUACCUCUGUGCCCCUGGAGGACUCUCCUGGACGUCUUUGACCAGAGACUUGCCCAGCCCAAAAGGCGGUUCGACCAUUCCCAGCUGCUGUCUGACAGCCCCCCCAGCAACUGUGCUAAAUAUAAUGGCUUGAAUGAAGAACUGGGUUUUAGGAUGGGAUUAGAGAUGGAAGUCCUUGUUGGGCCACCCUAUGCCAUUACUCUGCAGCACUGGGCAAUUCUCCCAGGCAUCUCUGACCAGAGUAUUGCCCAGCUCAAAGCAUGGUUUGGCUCUGCCGCACUGUCAACUCAGAGCACAGCCCCCCACCCCCAGUGACUGUACUAAGGACAAUGGCUUGAAUAGGGAAUUUGCUGUGGGCUGGGGUUAGAAAUGGAAAUCCUUCUUGGCCACCCCGCACCAUGACUCUGUGGCACUGGGGGACUCCCCUGGACAUCCCUGACCAGAGUCUUGUCCGGCCCAGCACAUGGUUUCUUCAUGCCAUGCCCACUGCACAAAGUAUACUGGCUCAAAUAAGGAAUUUCUUUUGGACCAUGAGUGGUCGAAUCCCCAGAUGGCAGCUGUGGGUGACUGGGCUAGGAGGGAGCUCCCCAGGUUGGUUUGCCUCGGACUGUGACUGUGAUCCAUUUUGAGCUACAGUUAAAGACUUUGCUUAGGGAGUACCACUGUUCUCCUUUUCCCUUGUAAUAAACUUGUUUGAAUUUAACAUUUGCUGGUGAGUGAGCAGGUUUCUUUAAUUUACAACACCCAGCUUUAAGUUAUUUGACCAAGUUUCUGGAUGGCGGUUGCACGUAAAUUUGAAAUGCUGUUGAAAAAUCUCUCAGGGCCUCUGUGCACAUGCUCUGAGGUGGGGAGAAGGGUCUAACUAGAGUGCCCGCAGUGUCACACAUAUUCAGCAUCCUGUGCUUCAAAAUGGCAGCAGGGGUGAUUUAACAAAAGCUGGUUCGAAGAUCUUUAGUUAAAGUGCUGCUGCUGCCAUUUUGAAACACGGGCACAGUGAAUACAUGAUGCAGAGGCUGCUGGAGUGUGUUAAUUAGCACACUUCAGCAGACUGGCAGCAAACUUGAUUAGUCGAGUCUGCUCUGACACAAGCUAAAUACCAUGCGUCAGAGCAAAGGUUUGUCACUGGUGCCCUAUAUUUGUAUACAGUUAUUUGUCCUGCCAUCCAGUGCCUGGUGGAACAGCAAUGUAAAGGUGUUAAAGGUUGGGUGUCAGCUGGCAGGCUUACACUCAAAAAGCGAGCAUUGCAUUGAGCUGGGACUUCCCCAGAUUUCUUCAGGAGGCUCCUAGGUGGUGGGGACAGUAAUUACAGUAAUUACAUCAUCUAGUAACCCCUAGAUGUAACCCCUAUUGUAACACUCAGCCAGCUCUGCCCUGUUCUGUCAGCCCCACUGCCCCUCGCACCGUGCCUGGUGCAGUCCUGUGUUCGUCCUCUGUGGCCCCUCUGGGAAGUGGCACCGGGCACUGGGGACCCUGGUGUCUGCCCACUAGUGCUGACUGUCAUUCCUGCAGGCUUCCACUGCUACCGUCACCUCUACAUGGGGGUGUCGGACCCCAGCCCAGGCGUGCCCUACUUCACUGCUAUGAGCUAUGUGGACGACCAGAAAAUUCUCCACUACGACAGUGAGACGCGGAGACAGGAGCCGCACGAGGACUGGGUUCAGGGCGCCGUCAGACCACACUUCUGGGACAGGGAAACCAGGAGCUUGUGGGGCUGGCAGGGGGGAUUUCAAUCAAACCUUGUCACCCUGCGGUAUUGCUACAACCAGACCAGCGGGUCUCACAUACUUCAGCUCAUGUACGGCUGUGAGCUCCACGAAGACAACAGCACUGGAGGGUCCAUGCGGUUUGGCUACGAGGGGGGAGACUUCAUCAGCUAUGACCUGAGAACACGCACCUGGGUAGCAGAAACAACACAGGCCCAGGUCACCCAGCGCAGGUGGAAUGAGGAUAAGGCCCUUCUUCAGGAUGUAAGAGCCUACCUGGAGGAGACCUGCACCACGUGGCUGCGGAAGUACCUGCAGCACGGGGAGGCAGCACUGCAGAGCAAGCAUCCCGUGGCACAGGUGAGCAACAGGCUGUCCUGGGACAGACGCAGCAUCCUGUCCUGCCGGGUCCACAGCUUCUACCCCAGGGAUGUGGCUGUCGUCUGGCUGAAGAAUGGGGAGGCGCAGCCCCAGGAGACGAGCCGCUCGGGGGUCCUUCCCAGUGGAGAUGGGACCUACCAGACCUGGGCCACCAUUGAGAUUGACCCAAGCAGCAACCACAACUACACCUGCAGUGUGGAGCACGAGAGCCUGGGUGCAGCCCUGAGAGUGGCCUGGGACAAGGGCAGGACAGAGUUCGACCCGAUGCAGAUUGAAGGCAUUGUUAUUGCUGUCGGUGUCAUUGCGCAGCUUGUUGCCAUGGCAGGCGCAGGUGUUUGCUGUGUCAAGUCCUAAACAACUCCGGGGGACCAGGGAACUGAACCAAACCCGCGGAGCUUAAACAACUCCGUGGGAGCAACCGAAUUUGUCGUAGUCCUCUAGCGAGGAUUUAAGCAGAGCUGCACCUGGAAACCUGUCCAGCCUACACCACUACCAUCUUUGGGUGUAAGUAAAUAAUCUUUUCAAUCAACCGCUACACAUUUGUGACUAAUUCUAGCUCGCCACUGGUUUUCUCCGACCCCGCGUGCCCGGGCUGCUGGCCACAGCCCGCAUGCACAAAGGCGGGCCGCGGAUCGCCCCUCCUGACUCGCACUUGGCGGCGGGAUCGGAGCCCGGCCCUCACAUAGAUAAGCUAUAAAAAUGAACCCUCGGGCAAGACUCGGGGUCAACUCUGCUUUGGGUGACUCAACCCCUUUGUCGAUCUGUUUGCGCAAACAAUAAACUUAAGAUGGACCCAGCCUGAGUGUGUGACCCUCUUCUUGAGGUGGAUUGGAAAGGCCUCCAAGGGCACAAAACUAGCAGUUUGUGCAACACGAGGGUUGGUCUUGGGCUCUGCAUGGACUUUGCCCCACUGACCAUCCCUUCCCCAGUGGGAGUAUCCUGGCCCCACGUCCUGGGCUGCGGUCGUGACCCCAGUUGUGGAAACAGCUGCAGUUGCUGUCCUCUGCCUUCUCCAUGCAGAGCGGGCAGGACGGGCAGCAGAACAUGGAGCAGUGUACAACGAAGCAGCACCCGGUGAGUGUGAAGCCUCCUUGUCUCUCCUCCCCUCUGUGCAGAGCAGCCCCCUGGGCAGACAGCCUCAUCCUGCCCUACACUGUCUCCCUGCGGGUGUCAGAUGGUGCUGGGGAGGCUGGGCAGAGCCUUGGGCCUUCCUCCUGUCUGGGGAGUGAUAAGGGUGUCUGUCACCCUGGCACCUGCACCU